UGGGCUCCUGGCCGGAACCUGGCGCCGGGAACCAGGAAGCUCCCGGCAGCGGGCGCGGGGCGGUCGGGAUGGCGGGCCCUGGCUGGGGCCCCCCGCGGCUGGACGGUUUCAUUCUCACCGAGCGCCUGGGCAGUGGCACGUACGCCACGGUGUACAAGGCCUACGCCAAGAAGGAUACUCGUGAGGUGGUAGCCAUAAAGUGCGUGGCCAAGAAGAGUCUGAACAAGGCAUCUGUGGAAAACCUCCUGACAGAGAUUGAGAUCCUCAAGGGCAUUCGACACCGCCACAUCGUACAGCUGAAAGACUUCCAGUGGGACAGUGACAACAUCUACCUCAUCAUGGAGUUCUGUGCAGGAGGUGACCUGUCUCGCUUCAUCCAUACCCGCAGGAUUCUGCCUGAGAAGGUGGCUCGGGUCUUCAUGCAGCAGUUGGCUAGUGCCCUGCAGUUCCUGCAUGAACGGAACGUCUCUCACCUGGACCUGAAGCCACAGAACAUUUUGCUGAGCUCCUUGGAGAAGCCCCACCUUAAACUGGCAGACUUUGGCUUUGCACAGCACAUGUCCCCCUGGGAUGAGAAGCACGUGCUCCGUGGCUCUCCCCUCUACAUGGCUCCCGAGAUGGUGUGUCAACGGCAGUACGACGCCCGUGUGGACCUCUGGUCCGUGGGGGUCAUCCUGUAUGAAGCCCUCUUCGGGCAGCCCCCCUUUGCCUCCAGGUCGUUCUCGGAGCUGGAAGAGAAGAUCCGGAGCAACCGGGUUAUUGAGCUCCCCCUGCGUCCCGCCCUCUCCCAGGAAUGCCGGGACCUGCUGCAGCGGCUCCUGGAGCGGGACCCCAGCCGCCGCAUCUCCUUCCAGGACUUCUUUGCCCACCCUUGGGUGGACCUGGAGCACAUGCCCAGUGGGGAGAGCCUGGCACGAGCAACCACCCUGGUGGUGCAGGCCGUGAAGAAGGACCAGGAGGGGGACGCCGCGGCCGCCUUAUCUCUCUACUGCAAGGCUCUGGACUUCUUCGUGCCUGCCCUGCACUAUGAAGUGGACACCCACCGGAAGGAGGCAAUUAAGGCAAAGGUAGGACAGUACGUGUCCCGGGCUGAGGAGCUCAAGGUCAUCGUCUCCUCCUCCAAUCGGGCCCUGUUGAGGCAGGGGACCUCUGCCCGAGACCUGCUCAGAGAGAUGGCCCGGGACAAGCCACGCCUCCUAGCUGCCCUGGAAGUGGCUUCAGCUGCCAUGGCUAAGGAGGACGAGGCUGGCGGGGAGCAGGAUGCUCUGGCCCUGUACCAGCACGGCCUCGGGGAGCUGCUUCUACUGCUGGCAGGUGAGGCCCCAUCACCAUACUCCCCUCAGCCCCUGGCUGCCCUGCCCUCACCACGUGCCCUCCCUCUCUCUGCAGCGGAGCCCCCAGGCCGGAGGCGGGAGCUGCUUCACACUGAGGUUCAGAAUCUCAUGGCUCGAGCUGAAUACCUGAAAGAGCAGGUCAAGAUGAGGGAGUCUCAUUGGGAAGCUGAGACCCUGGACAAAGAGGGGCUGUCGGACUCUGUUCGUAGCUCUUGUACUCUGCAGUGACCCUGCAGGAUGAUUGGACAGGUCACUGGGAAUUGGGGACAUGCUCGCCCCAGCUGACUCUCCGAAUUCUGUGGCCCUCUGCCACCCUGCGGAGCAGGCUUCCUGGAUGGGCAACUCUGGGACGCCCCACAUCCCAGCAUCCCCAGCACCACUUGAAAGAUUCUUAACCCCCUACCCACUCUGUGUACUGGGAGCACUGAGGUGGGGAGGACUCUGGGAGAAGAGUGUUUCUUUCACGUGACUUUUGUUAUUUGGUGGUUGCUGAGCCCUGAGCCUGUUGAUUUCUGUUUUUGCUCUGAGACGAGCAGGGAGCCCUCUGCAGGACACUUGUUCUCUUUCCCCUCCUUGCCAGGAGGCAGCUGUGCCCUGUGCCCACCCCUUUCCUUCCUGGGAGCCUUUAUUGCAACUCACUUCCCUCCUUGCACUGGAGCAGGGCACUCCAAGACCCCUCAGGGAGCACCCAUCCCACCAUAUGCACUCAGCCCCGCAGAACUCACCAGUCUUCCUGGGAGCUGACCCCUGCCCACCCUCUCAGUAUUUUAAGAUAAUCCUUCAUGCAUGAAAAUAAUAUCUUUUGUAGAGGUGGGGCAAAUUUGAGAAACCCAUGCCUUGUUCUUGCCCUGGCCUGGGGGGUACAAGGGGAGGGGUCCUCAGUCAUCCCUCCCACCUUCAUCCCUCUGUGGGGAAUGCCCUUACUGGCCUCAGAGCUGGUCCUGGCCUAGGAGGGGGAGGCAUGGGGACUGCCUGGCCUGUCAGUCUCCAGGGGACCCAGUGAUUCAGGAGACCUGAUUCUAGGUCUGACACUGCUGUUACUCCAGUGUGUGACCCCGGGCAAGCUCCUUCCCCUUUCUGGGCCUGGGUCUCCCCAUCUCUCCAAUGGGACUGCUACUAUCUCCUCAACCCACUACGUGGGCUUUCAGGAGAACAAAGUGACUUUAAUCUGGAAAGAAUAUAUACACCUAGAGUUAUUUAGGGGUUUCUUUUCUAAAAAGUCAGAGAGGGUGUUAGUGAUUUCUAACCCUUCUGCCCUUAAAUGCCUCUUUGGGGCAAGAGUUGUCUGCCUUCCCUGUAGGAGGCUGGGUGUAAAGAAU